CUUGGCUGAGACAAGGCCCUCAAGUCCUCGCUUGAAUCCUAGCGUAUCUUGAAUUGAGCGCAUAUCCCAUUAAUUAGGUGGACUCUGGUUAGUCUGUUCGAAUCGAGGCUGGGAGACGCAGUGGGUGCCCGGGACCCACAUGGCGUACAAAUGGACCCUGAAACCCCGGACCCAAACUCUCAACUGCGUACAUCCUUCAGAAAGUGCAGCACGUCUCACUGUAGCAUCGGGGUCAUAUGAACAGCCUCUCCUGGAAAAUGAGCGUGCCGGAAGCCUGUCCGAUUCAUGGUGAAUGGAAACUACCUCGCCGUUCACCACGAGAAUAAUCGGUUCAUCUGGAAGGGUAGCAUAUUUCACCUCUCGACCGACGAGACCCGAAUCUUCUACCAUUAAAAAAUGCAUCGGACCGCGAGGCGCUUCACGUCCAGCUCGACCCGGAAGACGACCAAGUCACUCAUAUCAUACUUUCAACACCACCACCGCCACCACCAUCACCGAGAACCACAACGCAACGGACCCACCCUUGACUCCGCACCUCAGUGAUCCCGAGCAAGUCUAUAUCUCUGCCGACGGAAUACAUCUCUACCAGCCCGAUACCGGCUUCGUUCUUUAUGCCAUCAACGGCGGCUCCCGCAUCUCCGGGGACACGCACAACCCCAGAGGCGAGCUGGCCUUCCGCGGCUGGUCAUACAACUACGGCGCUCAAUUCCAGCUGUCUCUCUGCCAGGGCAAGACCCGGAUCCGCUCGAACGAGGGGGAAUACCUUGUCGAAUGGCGGAUUACCUGGAGGGCGAAUGCCUCGACCAUACCAUGCGGAGUGCGUGUGAGACGUGCGAGGAGUGGUAUCGGCUCGGGUUGAGUGAAAGGGCUGAUGUGAUGCUGGUCCCGCGGGGUCUGCCGAGUAUGUUUGUCUUGUGGGAUAGAGAUUGGUACUACGGGAUCGAUUGGCUGACGACGAGUUUUCUGCUGACGGACCGGGUGAGGACGAUUGAGGAGGCGACCGUCUUUCAGUUUGUGGGGUGUGAGGUUUAUGAUGGUUCAUACA